AGCAGGCAGAGUGGGUACUCGCGGGAAAAAUGGCGGAAACGUGCCGAGUCUUCGGGUUUCCAGCAUCGGCGAUUGGAAAGAACUCGUCGUAAACCCGAACCCUGGUGUGAGUCCGCCGGUGUGACAGAGACCCGGGGCCGCGGCGGGCCGUCACAGCUGUGUUCACAUACGUGGCUCUGGGUUGCGGAGGGAUGCGACAUGCAACAAGAUUCAGUGCACUUCUCCUCCUCGGGCCACACGAUGCACAACGUAGCUGCUGCUGAAGAACCCUCCGCCAAGUCGUUCCGUUGCAGUCGCUGCACGUUCAUCUCCAGCUCCAAAGUGUCCCUCCGUCAGCAUCUCAACACGGUGCACGGCUCUGGCGUCGACACUGAUCCGAGAGAUGACGGAUUUAACCAGAGCGAGACUUACGGCGCCACAACUGACGGCAAAAGCGACAGGCCGGGAGUGGUUUUUUUAUGUCAGCGCUGUGAAUUUAAAGCUCACAGCCGGGGCGUUUUAAUCGAACAUGACAGACUGUGUAGUCAGAAGUCAGAGACUCAAAAUGUAAUGGGAAAUCCGACCAUUUCCAAAAAGCAGGAGACUGAAAUACGGACAGUUACGUCUACCUCAAACUCUACAUGCGCACCUCACUCGUCAAAGGAUCUGAAGAAAUACAAGGGGCCAUUGCAAAUGCAAACCAUCACCAAAUACUUUGCCGCGGCGUCCAGAUCGAGUGGGAAACCCUCAGUGAAGUCACCGGAGAGCCCGGUGCCGCAGGACAGCACCAAAGGAACCCUCAUUUUGCAAGAAUCACCCUCAGGCUCCAGCCCAAACAGCAGUGGUGUGUUCAAAGUCACCGCCCAGUCCAUGAUUGACAUCACAAGAAACACCAACCACCGAUUUCUGCUAAACGACCAGGUUUUGACUACUGACCUGAGACCACCAAGGCCCAACGAACAAUUCAAAGAAGAGGCUCCGGGCAACAACGGGAAGAGGACCAACAGCGAACGCUCGGAGAGUUGUCCUGCCAAAAAAGCAAAGAUGGACGAGCAAGAUGCAAAGCUCCCAGAGAAGGCAAACGCGAGUGAACUACAGCCAUCGAGCAGCACAGACUUAUUAUUUGAAAUUAGUGAAGACGAAGAAGAAAAGAAGGUUGAUCUUCUUAACGGAGACGCAGAAAGCCCAAAAGUUUAUCUCUGUAAGCAGUGCGACUACAGAGAUGUCAGCUUCAGCCGCAUGUCCACCCAUUACCAGAACGACCACCCUUACAUUAGAUAUGACAAUGCCUACAUUCGGGAUACGAACAACCAGAGUGCUACCUUUCGUUGCCUGGAGUGCCCAGUUGAGUUCUUGAGUGUCGAUGACCUCGAGACACACUACAAGGAAAAUCAUCCGGAGGCCCCAAACGUGUUCACGGUGCAUUCGAGUGAACUGGUCUUCAAAUGUUUUUUGUGUCCAGCUAUCGCCAAUGCAUCGAGGGCCCUGAAAGUGCAUUACAGGGAGAUGCACUCGACACACAAAGCAGGUAAUUCCUUGCUCUACUGCAGAUACUCAGCGACUAGAUGCCAAGAGGGAUCGUCGGAGUUGAACACAUGCGACACAGCGCUCGGCUCAGAAAGGUCAGAAUGGAUUUCUCCCAAAAACGCAGAUACAAAAUACAAGGAAGAUAGAAAUACACCCUCACCCCUUAGUCCCACCUCCAGACAAGCAGACAUGCUUUUGUAUCAGUGCAACAACUGUGAGUUCAGUCACAAGUCAGUUGUCGUCAUGCAUGUCCACUAUCAAAAAAAGCAUCCAGAUGAGGCGGUCACAAUCGACAAAAUCAAGCAGUCAACCCCUGUCACGUCACAUACCUCGUCACAGGCGACGCCUGAGAAGUCCGUGACAGUUACACCUCAGACGGACAUCUCCAAUUCUUCUCAAAGCGAAAAAGCGGAGCCAUCGCAGCAAAACAUUUCUUUGUCAUUUAAGAAUCUGAAGCACACACCAGACACUUCUGAGACUCACUCGGAGAAAGAAAAGAAAACGAAGACGCCACCUCGCAAAUCUAGCCGGGCACUGUCGUCAGGAAUGGACAGUUCAUACUCCAGUUCACCAGAUAAAGUGUUUUACUGCCAGUCUUGCAGUUAUUCCAAUACCAACAUCAGAAGCGUCGUUGCCCAUCACAACAUGAAACAUGCUAUGCAUGGGCUCACCUGUAGAGAGGAGGUCUUUUUGUACAACGUAAAGGUGCAAAAACAGAAACUGCGAAGUGACGCCGAGACCUCGACAAGCACUGCAUCAUCCGAUUCUAGACUUCGUAAAAAAGUUGACGUGUGGAGGGAAAAAGAAACGCAAAACGAGGAGGAUGGCGGCGCGGUUGCUCCCAGUGUGGGAUUGAAUCCCUAUGCGUGUGCAGAAAACCUGUUCUACUGCCAAAAGUGCAACUACGGAAAUCCAACUUUAAAAGGAGUAUUGAACCAUCAAGCCAAAGCUCACCAGGGUAUUAAUACCAACCACGAAUGUAUUAUUAAACACACUGCUUUGAUUCAUAACGACAUUGAAAAAUCAAAAUCUCAAACAACAGAGUCAUCCCCUUCUUCUCAUCUACCUCUUCCCCUCAUGGACGGAGGCGACGAAAAUAGGUUUUUCUGCCACUUUUGCAACUACAGACACGAGACGGUGGCCAUAGUAGUGAAGCAUUACUUCACAAUACAUCGUGGAUUUGCAGUAAAGGCCGAAUAUAUCCAUCAGCAUACGUCCGAGCUUCUCAGUCAGAUGGGGAGAUCGCCCCGAAAAUCGUCGGCAAGCCAAGAAGAUGAUGGUGCGUCCCUUCAGAAAAAAGUGGACAAAAAGAAAAAAGUGAAAAAGUUCGCCAACUGCUCCUCAGUUUCCGCGUCCUCCUCGCUGACGGCCACAGAAGCUCAGAGGAUCCUCCAGUGCCACAGAUGCGCAUACAACACUCCGUAUGUGUAUAUGUUGAGGAGGCAUAUGUGGAAAAUUCACAGGUCAAACAACUCGAUGAACGACAUUUUGAAAGUGUGUUUUAAACGCGGGAUGUUGGGGUCAGGGUAUCACUGUGACUGGUGUGUUUUCUCUCACCAAAAUGCAGCUGACCUCUUUAAGCACUACCGGGAAAAACACCCAGAAAAUAAACAGAGCCUUGAGUGCAUAUCCUCCAGGUUAUAUGUCGGUCCUGACAUAGUCCUUUCUAGGAAGAGGAAAUCUCAAACAACGCGCACUGGUGACGUUGGCGGCGGUGACGGCGCUGACGGCGGCAUACCCUCCCCAAGAUUUGGGCCGAACGAAACCAAGACGUAUUCGUGCAGAGCAUGUUCGUUCAAAGGGAGCUCCAUGUCGAGUAUCACGAGCCACUACCGCGCUGUUCAUCCUUGGUCUGUGAAAGACGACGGCUCAGUCCUGAAUGUCAUCACCAGCAAGAAGCCAAGUGCAAACAGCCACAUUGCGGACGACCAGGACGAAACGCCCGAGUUUUUUGACGCCUACCAAGUGCCUCUUGAAUUUGGCAACUCACCUGGUUCACCUCAUGAUGGAACAGACUCUCCCACCAUGCUCAAGUGCCAUCAUUGCCCUGCAACGUUUAGUAACCACCACGGCCUCAAAACUCACUGUGGAAUCAAACACCCGGAAGCCGAAACUAAAACUCCGGGGCGCGCGCAUGUCUUCAAUUGUCCGUAUUGCUCGUACGUCAACAGCGGCAAUCACGGAAUUCUCACUCAUUGCCAGAUGAGGCAUCCUGACCUCGAAUGCAGGGCAGACAGUCACCAAGUGGAUGAAACGCAUCUACAGAUUUGGGGCAGCUGUUUGACGAGAAAAGGUGAAAGUUUGCGAUUCAGUGGGUACUUGUGUAAAACCUGCCUUCAAAUCUUUGCAACGCCGGAGAUGCUGAACAGCCACUGUGAGAACGACCACGAUGGGACUGUUCCAAACAUUGUGCCGAACGGGCUCAGACCAGCUCCCAAAGCAUCAGCUGUCAGAAAACUACGACAUUCCAAUGCCCACAGCACUCUCGGAUCAGUGUCGAAGGCUUCCUUCCUGCACAGGUGCCAGCUUUGCAGUUACAGUAGCAGCACAAAAAUUGCACUCAGUCGGCACGUGCGUGUUCACCACAGGAAUUCUUCUUUUUCAAGAGUUAAGGAUUGUGUAUACAAGUGUGUCCUGUGUCCGCGUUACUAUUUCACGAAGACGCAUCUCGGGAGCCAUUAUGCUAAGAAACAUGGAAAGAACGCCUACAUAAAAUACUUCACACAGGUAUACAAGCAGGUCACAAACAAGUCCGAGCCAACGUCUCCCAACUGCCCUUUAACUCAGCAACCAGAAAACACGCCUGAGGUAUCGGAGUCUAGUGCAGUGACAGAAGACGGCAAAAUAUUAGUCUACAAGUGUCCAAGCUGUGACUAUGUGAAUGCGAGCUACCAUGGGAUUCUCACUCACUGCCAAAUGAAGCAUCCAACCGUCCUAGCCAGGGCAGAUGAUCUUAAAACGGAUGAAGUACUCGUGACCGACAUGGUCAGGUGUUCGAGGGGGAAAAGUUCCAAUGAAAGGGGGUACAUGUGUAAAAAUUGUCCACAAAUUCAUGCAACGUCGUUAAAACUGAGAAUGCACUGUGAGCGGGAACACAACUGGGCCAAGCCGGCAGCUUCUAAACACUCAUCCGAGACGGAAACUGAAAAAUGGCCUCAUCACAGCUCCCGGAGCUCAGUGUCGGAGUCUACCUCUUCAAAAAACAAAUCAUCGCCCAUCAACACCCCAGGGAUUGACCUCAGUCAACAGCUGGGCUCUCCUGAGACGUCGGUGCAAGAAGAGGAGCUGCCGUACAAGUGCGGCAUGUGUUCCUAUUCGGCAAUAUGUCGAAAGUACCUGUAUUGUCACUACAAGAACACGCACAAGUUGGAUGCGCUCGGCACUUUCAACCUGCUGAAGAGGUAUAACAAGCGUAAGCGCAAAGCGCCCAAAGCUAAAUCUGAGGGAAGUGCAACAGUCCAAUGUAAGAAGUGUCCAGACUUAAUGUUCGACUCAGCUCAGCUGCUUAUUGACCAUUACACUACCUUUCAUGGCUCAGACUGCAAGUCGGACUUUAUUGUGUUAUCUCAAAGAUCACAGAGGAGCUCGGGGAUUUACAAAUGUGCGCACUGCCGCAAACAGUUAUAUGGAAUUAGGAAGCUGUGUCGUCACCUGGAUCGCCAUCGAGCGAGGAGGAAAAGGAAGGCAAUGGCUGCGAAGGCAAUGGCAUCGGUUGUCAUGACGGCAACAUCAUCAGUGGACGCAUCUAGCAAAAUCUGUCAGCAAGAUGAGCUACCCCUGUUGGAAACCGUGCAGGAUCUGACCCGGUGGAACGUGGCGCUGGUAAAAACCUUCAGUUUGCAAACGAGUCCGCUGCCCUCGCCUUCGAAACCCGCCGAUCCCGAGCCGCCGGAACCGAGCGAGGAAAGCAAGCGCACUUGCAGACACUGUGGGCGGACAUUCAUGUCGCUGAAGGGUCUGCGCUCACACGAGCGGAGCCACGCCGCGCUGGCGGCCAUCAAGAAGCUGGACCAUCUGCCUACCUUAGGAUUGAAGCACAACAUGAACAAAUACAUUGUCUACAAAUCCGGGACCAUCAAGCCUUUCCUCUGUGGUAUCUGUUCCUAUCGGACAACGGUCCUGGGCCUGUGGAGGAGUCAUUUUAGGAAAAAACAUCAAGAUGUCCUCAUGGAUCCUACGGAGACCGACAGCCGAGAUGAGGAUAACACUCAGAGGGCCAACAAGGAGCCUACCAAUCUAUCUGAGGAAAACCACAGUGGGCCUGAACCUGAUGAAGAACUUGAAAUGACUGAAAGAUCGCUGUACUUGGAGCCUCCAGAUGUGCAGCGGCAGCUGAACCACUACAUGUUGAUGGCUCAGACUGGUGACGCGUCCAAAGUGAACCAGCAGAUACCAGACUUAAAUGAAAACGGUCUUCUCCACUGCGAGUUCUGCAAUUUUAACACUGGACACAUGUCCAGUGUUCGACGACACUACUUAAACCGCCACGGGAAGAAGAUCCUCAGGUGUAAGGACUGCAGCUUUUUCACUGCUUUAAGGAAAACCCUGGAGAUGCACAUGGAGACUGGUCACUCUAUGUGUCAGUCGGAACCUACGCAUCAGAAGGACCUCCGCUGCCCCUUCUGCCUCUACCAGACCAAGAACAAGAAUAACAUGAUCGAUCACAUAGUCUUGCAUCGCGAGGAACGUGUCGUGCCAAUAGAGGUGUGUCGCCCCAAGCUGUCACGUUACCUGCAAGGCGUCGUCUUCCGCUGUCACAAAUGCACUUUCACCAGCGGCUGUGCCGAAAACCUGCGAUUGCACAUGAUGAAGCACGAUGACAUCAAACCCUACAAGUGUCGGCUGUGCUACUUCGACUGCACUCUGCUGAGCGACUUGGAGGCACACCUGAGUGAUAAGCAUCAGGUUGUGAGGAAUCAUGAGCUUGUGGGGCAGGUCAGCCUUGAUCAGCUAAAGGCAAGGGUUGAUAGGAUGCCAGAGGAGGACGAAGAGAGGCCGUUAUCAAACUUGGAGCAGCACAACAGUGAGGAGGAGCAGGAUGUUAAAAUCAACAUUGUAACAGACUGCAGUGAAGUUCUGCACGAGACGCUAGCUGUGCACCCGGCAGAUGCUAACAUCGGGAAGCAGACUACGCCUAGGAUGAAGGAAGCGUGUCUAAAGCAGGAGUCACAAGAACAAGCAGGGAUUGUUUUCUUGCCAGACACCGCGAGAGGACAGAUGAUGAAAGAUACGUUCGAACCAAAUGUGGAGAACAAGGCAGAUACCCAGUCUGAGGAAUGCAUCGGUCCAGAGAGAGAGAGGCAGACAAACGAGAAACAACCUAAAGUGAGAGGUAGUGAGGACAACGGUGUGAUUUUCCCACGGCAAAAAGAAGAGGAGGCGGAGGGGAGCUCAGCAACAUACGGUAAAAUGGUGGGAAAAAGGGAGUCCCACAAAUUAAACAUUAAUGCACUUCAGCACAGAACAUUAAACUUGAAGCUUGACGCUAGAGCAGAAGAAGAAGUACUGCGUCGUGUCCUCGUGUUGGAGGAGGAGGGCAGCAGCCGCAGGAUGCAUGAGGAGGCACAUCCGGAGAGGAGGGUCAAGAAAGAGCACAGUGGGGAUGAGACUAUAGGUGAGUGUCCGGAGGAAGAGGGUAGCACCCCUCUGGCCCACAAACCAACGCUUGCAGUUAACUCGAAGGCGAGGAAAAGUCACAUGCAGGCGAAUCACGUCAGGAGUCAGCAGAUUUUUACAUUUAAAAGUGAUUCGCUGACUCCUCUGCCCAACUGUGUACAAGUGAAGACGAGUCACGGGGAGAGCGCAGGCGUGUCACUUGCAAACUGCAAAGAAGAAGAAGUCUGCACUCGGAAAAACGGCAAGGAGCUAACGGACCCUUAUGGAGAAAUGCCAAUACUUGAGAAUGAAUAUCUGAAGGAUGCACCGCAGGCUCUUGGGUCUUGCAAGAAGGAAGAAGAAGAUGAAAUGAUAAUCGGAGACAACAAGAACCGUUGCAAGGAAGAUGAGGAGGGAGACGGCAUAAAGGAAUCUGACAGUCCACAUGGGCACAAAAGUGCAGGUGGGGCUUCUGAAGUCCUGUGCCCUUCAGUUACAGAAAAUAAACUUUAUACUUGUGACCUUUGUGGACGAAACCUCACAAACAGCUCUGACUUGAAGCAUCACAUUAUGAGACAUGGAAUAUGACGUUCCGUACGUCCGCCACAGCCUCUACUGUUAAUUAUUGAUUGUCUAGAUUUAGUUUUUUGUGAACUGUCCCAUACUGUUUUACUUUUGUUACGUAUUUGUAAACGACCAGUUAACAAAUUUUAUUCAUUUUUCAUGUUUUUUAGAUUUUAAACCUUUUCUAAUUAAAUGUUUUUAUGCUAGGAUUUAAGUUGUGCAACUCGAUAAAUAAUACUUAUAAUAAUAUGGCCCAUUGUCAUUAAGAUCUUAUUUAGAUUUGUGUUUCUUUUCAAAACAUGAAAGGAUAUGCUUAAAUAACAUUAGUUACCACUGUAAGAUGUGCAAAAAUAUUUACACUGUGAACUGUUAUAAAUAAACUUUAUUUCAUACCUGUUUAA